GUAGUUUUGACGAUGUGAUUGACGGAUUCACCGGCCAGUAGUUGCACUAGGUGGAGCAUCCCCCAAUCUCUGUGAUCUGGUGAAUGAAAAAAUGCAGCCCGGUUUUGAAUUCAUAACCUUUGUUAACCGAUGGAGGAAUUUAGCAGCUAAAGCAAAAUGGAACAUAAAAGAGGAAGAUGCAGUACAAAUGGUUAUCGAUAACCAGCAUGGGCCCAUCAAGGAAGCGAUGGUGCUAAGAGAUUUCCGAACAUUCCCUCAACUGUUUGAACGAGCUGCCCGCAUGCAGAGGAGUAUAAAAGACGGGUCUAUCACUUUCCUCAGGAACUGUUCUAAUGGGGGAGAGGGCAAGCCGAAGAAUACCCUAAGAACCCAGCAGCCUACUCAAGAGGUUACCAUCACUCCGGAUCAAAUUAAUGCGGUUCAAGCACAGCAGAAUGCACAGAGACAACAGAGCACCCGGAAUCAGCAAGCCAUCCAGGGGGCCGGGGCCGUCCCCCAACCCACUCAAAAACCUCCUACCCAAUCGCAACCGCAAAACCCAGCGCAAGCCCCGCCCAGACCCGCUUAUAACAACGCUGCGCCUCCGGCCAAUUAUGAUCCUCAGUAGCAACAAGGUGCUCCCAAGCGACCCUAGGGACCCAAUAGAGCUCACUACCCGCCAUUACCCCUAUCCAUUCCUACCCUAUUCUCCAUCCUUCUGGCCUCGGAAAGACCCGAGCCUUCCGGUUUUUUGCUAUAUAAAAGCUUUCCAGCCAAGCCGAGAUGCUCGCCUCGAUGCGGUAGAUAAGUGGGUAGGUUCGCGAUAGGAGGACUGGCCCUUUACUUGCAUGGGAUAGCGAAGCCGCUCCAAUCCACUAGCAAAAACCAAAUUCUUAGACUCAACUAAAAUGUUGUAGCAUUGAUUGAGCGAAGCCGCUCUGCAAUAGUGAAGGAGCGGCUUGUCUGUCUCAUAUGGCAGGCAAUUCACUUUUUGCUGUCUACUUUAGAAGCUCCUUUUUGCAUGCGCUCUACUGUAUCUGCCGCAGGUCUUAUCAGCUUAUGUACUAAGCG